CUCACAAACAUUAUUAAGAAAGCAAGAGAAAUGGAGAACUUGUUUCGUCUAGUAGAUCACGAGGAGUUUGUGUCAAAGAGGUGUAUAUGGGUGAACGGACCAGUGAUUGUUGGGGCAGGACCCUCUGGCCUUGCAACUGCAGCAUGCCUGAGAGAACAAGGGGUACCCUUCGUUGUUCUUGAAAGACAAGACUGCAUAGCUUCGUUAUGGCAGAAAAGAACCUAUGACAGAUUGAAGCUUCACCUUCCUAAACAGUUCUGCCAGCUUCCUAAACUUCCUUUCCCUGAAGAUUUCCCAGAAUACCCUUCAAAGAAGCAAUUCAUCCAAUACCUUGAGUCCUACGCAAACCACUUCGACAUCAACCCUCACUUCAACCAGUGCGUUCACUCAGCCAGGUACGACGACACCAGCGGUUUCUGGAGGGUUAAGACCGCCGAGGUUGAGUAUAUCUGCAGGUGGCUCGUCGUUGCUACCGGCGAAAAUGCAGAGUGCGUCGUGCCGGAGAUCGACGGCCUUUCCAGCUUCCAAGGAGAAGUUAUCCACGCUUGUGAUUACAAGUCUGGGGAAAGUUUUAGGGGAAAGAAUGUUCUUGUUGUCGGAUGCGGAAAUUCCGGCAUGGAACUGUCUCUUGAUCUUGUUAACCACCAGGCUUCGCCGUCCAUGGUUGUUCGCAGCUCGGUUCAUGUUCUUCCAAGAGAGGUUCUUGGGAAAUCGACGUUCGAAUUGGCGGUUAUGAUGCUGAGGUGGCUGCCGCUAUGGCUGGUGGACAAGAUCAUGUUGGUAUUGGCAUGGCUUGUUCUUGGAAACGUGGAGAAGUACGGUCUGAAGAGGCCUUCAAUGGGGCCACUGGAGAUGAAGAACACAAAGGGGAAAACCCCUGUUUUGGACAUUGGAACCUUGGACAAAAUCAGAUCCGGUGACAUCAAAGUUGUGCCGGGAAUCAAAAGGUUCAACGGCGGCGGCCAAGUCGAGCUCGUCGACGGCCAGAAGCUCCACGUGGACGCCGUUGUGCUGGCAACCGGAUACAGAAGCAAUGUCCCCUCUUGGCUUCAAGAAGGGGAAUUCUUCUCGAAGAACGGGUACCCAAAGAUGCCGUUUCCACAUGGAUGGAAAGGGAAUGGAGGAGUGUAUGCUGUAGGUUUCACAAAGAGAGGGCUCUCUGGUGCUUCAUCUGAUGCUGUGAAAAUUGGUCAAGAUAUUGGAAAAGUGUGGAAAGAAGAGACCAAGCAGAAGCAGCAGCGAACCACCGCUUGCCAUAGGCGUUGCAUUUCUCAGUUCUAAAUGCUGCUGCUUUCUUUCUUUCUCUACUUUCAUCACCACUUUUUCUUUUUUGUAUAGAGCAAAAACAGAAUAACACACAGUAUCUUGUACAAAUUUACACACACCCCACACAAUAGCACAGGUCAGAGCCCUCUCCUAAGACCCGAGUUUUAUCCCAGUUGGUCAAUUUUAAGGAUGAUGAGGCUUUCAUUCCUUUAAAAUCUUUUUUUUUUUUGUAAUAU